AUGUGCCUCGAAUGCGAUCCGUGGGGCUCAGACGCGGUAGCGAUGGUUCCCGAAUGGCAUUACAGCGCGUGCUACUCGCAGCCGGACGUCGGGGAGUGUGUCCUCAUCAGGUCGACGGCGAGCAGCGUGUUCCGCGCCUUCGUCUCGAGCUACCAGGGCGGAAACAACGCGUGGUUCACCCUGCGCAGCUCGUUCGGAGAGGGCCGCUGGAAUCGCCGGGGGUGGGAUGUUCUUGUUUGCACAGACGGCAAGGAUACAUGGCGCAUGGGUGCUCACAUCUAUAUCAAGCGGGUUACGGUGUAUGUUACGGUAAAGGGCGUCGGGGAUGUCGAGAUCGAAUACGGGAGGGAUGGGGCGUACAAGGCUGACGGCGGGAGUAGAGAGGGGGAGAUGAGCGAGGCGACUCGGAGGUCGGAAUUGGUGGCACGUGCUCGGAAUGCGCGGUUGCCAUUAAUUCUCGCCUCAUUUCCUAAACCUUGGUCCGAGUUCAACGAAAGAUACCACGCUACUCAUGGGGAGGAGCGUCGGGAUCCGUCACGCGCUCGACCUCGAUAUUGUCGAUAG